GGCAAUUUCUCAAGCAUUUCAAACAUUACAAAAAUAAAAAAACAUCUUUAUUUCCAGGAAAUAACAUUAUCUCAUCCUCAAAUCAAUAUUUAUAUUCCCUUUUUUAAACCUAGAGAAUGAAUAAGCAAAAGGUUGUUAUUAGGUUAUCCCUAAAUGGUCAUGAUAAAAAAUCAAGGUCCAAGGCUUUCAAAAUUGCCGUUUCUCAGCCAGGUGUGAAUUCAGCAGCUAUGAAAGGGGGAGAAAAUAACCAAUUAGAAGUGGAGGGGGAGCAAAUUGAUGCAGCUGUGCUAACCAAAUUGCUGAGGAAGAAAUUGAAGAAAGGAGCAGAGUUGUUAAGUGUUGGCCUUAUUGACAAGAAAGAUGGUAAUAAAAAUAAUGAUCCAAAAACAGAAUUAGUUCCAAUGAUGCAAUGGCCAAAUCAUGUUGUACCUCAAUAUCCAUUUUACGAAGUUACACAAUCAUAUCAAGGUGGUUGCUCAAUUUUAUGAAAGCAGUGUUGAUUUAUCGUCACAAUUCAUAAAGUAAUAUAUUGUUGGGUUUUAAAGGCGUAAAUAGGAAGUGAAGGGUUGUGACUCUCCUGAAGGGUUGUGAUUUUUAUGAAAGGUUGUGUCUUUUCUUUAGGGGUGUGACCGUUUGAAGUUGUGCCUUUUCUAAAGGGGCCUUUCUGAAAUAUUGUCUUUUUUUCCAAAUAGUUGUGACUUAUACCCUUUGUUGGCUAUAAAUAUAAAGACUUCCUCUCAUUUUUCUGUAUUAA